AUGGCAGACGGAGACUACCGUCCUGACUGGCUGUCAGGAUACGCAUCCAAAUCGCUCUACAGAUGGGAAGAGCACGAAGCCGAAUCGCAAGUAUUCUAUACGAGACGACUGGGCAUCGUCGAGUCCCUCUUCGACCACGAUGGAACACAGCAUGAAGGGCGUGCGGACCUCAAUUGCAAUCUGAAAGUCGAGCUCCGCAGUAUUAAGGACGCGAAAGCUAUCAGAGAGCAUAUUUCUCUAGCCUGGUCGGUACUACGGCACCAACACCCACUACUGUCUGCCAAGGCCGUCGCUUCCACGAAGCAUGGCAACGAACGAGCAUUCGUCUAUCGGCGUCCGGGCUCGGGCAAAGACAUUGUCCGCGACGGCUACCCACACGUUUGCUACUUGGAGGAUCAUCGGAAGGGAGUGGAUGCGCACGACUUCUACCAGCAUCUCAUGAACUCUUCUAGGGCAAUCGAUCCGGAACUAGCUCUUUCGAAACUAUUCGUCCUUCCAUACUCGUCCAGUAAAGAGACUUCAUUCACGGUCAACUGCGUCUUCGUGGUAGCACACCAAGUCUGUGAUGGUCUUACAGUCCAUCGGUGGAUGUCAAGUUUCGUGGAUUUGUUGAACUUGAGCGAUGCCCGAUUGAUCGAGCGAGCGGCUUCCUUAGCAUCGAUGUCUCCUGUGUCAAGUCUACCACCUGCACAAGAAGUACUUUACCAUCCAGUUCCAGGGAGCGUCGCACGUCAGCGCUGGUUCUGGGCGAUCGCACGCAUUCUCCGACACGUGAAGCGUCCUAUGCCCGCGGCAUUUCAGAAUCCAUUGAAUCGCUCGCAGCCACUGCAGGCCAGCAACAGAUUUCCAACAAAGUACGAGGUCCUUAGCUAUGACCGCACCCCUGCACUGAACAACUAUGCAAUCGCCCCAACCCUGGACCGAAGGUCUACGGAGAAAUUAGUGAAGCUUUGCCGACAAGCUAAGAUCAGCAUUGGAUCCGGUUUGUUCACUCUGGUUGCACUAGUCAUGAUGCAAAUGGAGGAAGAGAGGCAUCCGAACAUCGCCCUCGAGGACCGUCUGCCUUUCCACGGCAGCUUCCCAGUCAACCCUCGACCUUUUCUUGCUGGAGAACCUACUGCAGGCAAAGAGGAUAGCCUCAUGCUUGGCUUUGGUGAUGGCGUCAUCCUACCGUUCCUGCCCAAAGACCUGUCAUUCGACGGACGAUUCCGCCUGCUUGGCAGACAGGCCCAUCGGCAACUCAAGCAAUAUCAGAAGCGCCCACGGACAGCCGAGGAGGAAUUGAGUCUGGGGUCGAGGAGUCCACGUCAGUUGCUGCCAAGUCUGUACAUGGCGACUCUGGAGCGUUUGCAAAACUGGCGAAGUGCACAGCCAGGAACAUAUAACUUACAAGGCGCAUACCCCGUUGCGGUGCCACUGAGUCCCGCGACAUGUGGUAUCAGCUCUGUGGGUGAUCGAACUCAAAUCAUAGCCCCAGGGAAGUACGAUGUCACGCACCUGUCUACCGAUCAGGACUUUGUGGCUGAUUUUCGAGACGUGAGCUCAGCUGUCAGGGCCAGGAACGGGGAGUUUCUAUGCGGUGCUGCAAGUGAUAGGGAGAAGACGUACUUCAUGAUUUCAGUGGAUAGCUGUGCCGUCGACCGUGGAAAGGCGAAACACUUCAAGGAGGUCAUCGAGACGAUUCUCGAGCCUCGGGAUACGAAGUCGAAGCUUUGA